ACGCUUUAUUCGCAAUAUCUGUUGUGCUGUCACGCUCUUGUUUCAGUCAUCGAGGCGUGGGUUGCUGGCAGUCCGAAUGGCUGCUGCCAGCGCCGUAACUAGUUCUUCAAUCUCCACCUCGCUCCGGCGCAUCCGCCGAAACUCCAGUUUUAGGUUUUCAAAGGUCCUCCUCUCCGCUUCUCCAAGUUGUGGCUCGAGUCCUGAGCGCCCUCCAGAGGCCGUCAGAAGCAACUACACAGGGAUUCGACUGGCUGAGACGGUCGAGCUUGGCUUUGAGAGGACUCGCGUCGACUCCUGGAUCUCCUCGCGGAUUCCGGGCAUAAGUCGAGCUCGAGUGCAGUCCAGCAUCCGCACCGGUCUCGUCACUGUCAACGGCCGCAUUAUAGAUAAGGUUUCACAUAUCCUAAAAGGAGGGGACAAAGUUAGUUGUGUGGUUUGCGAGUUGGAACCAUUAAAGGCGGAACCAGAGGAGAUUCCCUUGAAUAUAGUCUAUGAAGAUGAACAUGUUCUUGUUGUAAAUAAACCUGCUCAUAUGGUGGUGCACCCUGCUCCUGGAAAUGCUAAUGGCACGUUAGUGAAUGCUAUACUUAAUCAUUGUCAGCUUCCAGCAGGUGCGUGCAUAAACAGAAAAGGUUCAUCUGAAACUGACAAUACAGACUCAUCAGAAAAUGAGGUUGGUGACUUUUAUGUUGGUCAUUCUUAUGAGGAGCUCAAAACGAGCAGCAGUGAUGAGCUUGUUCGACCAGGCAUUGUACAUAGAUUGGACAAAGGUACCAGUGGUCUGCUUGUUGUAGCUAAGGACGAGCAUUCUCAUGCCCAUUUGGCUAAGCAGUUCAAGCUUCAUACUAUCCAUAGACAAUAUGUUAGCCUUGUAUCUGGAGUCCCAUCUCCAAGUUCUGGACGGAUUGCGAUCCCGAUAGUUCGUGAUUGCAACAACAGAACCCGCAUGGCUACUGUUUCAGGGAUCAAUAGCAGCAGAAAUGCUCGAAAUGCUUCCAGUAGGUAUAAAGUAGUGGAAGUUUUUGCUGCGGGUGGAUCUGCACUGGUGCAGUGGAGGCUGGAAACUGGACGCACUCAUCAGAUACGCACACAUGCGAAGUACUUAGGAAUCCCACUGCUGGGUGAUGAGCUUUAUGGAGGCACCAAAGGCCUGGCACUGUCACUGCUGAAGUCAAGGACUCCUAUGAGUUGCCAUGCUCUUGUAUCAGAUAUGGUAUCCAAGUUACAGAGACCUUGCCUCCACGCUCAAUCACUGGGAUUUAAGCACCCUCACACAGGCGAACAUCUGCAUUUUUCAUGCCCCCCACCUGAUGACUUCACCGAGAUAUUGCAUCAGCUUCGUACUAUUUCGGACCAUAAAAGUCAAAACGAUCACAGGUUAGAAUUGUAGGCUUCGUCUAUUUUUACUGCUGUUUAAACCGACUUUUUAAUACAAAAAUUAGGAGCUUUAUACUAAAAAAAUUAUUUUAAGAAACAUAAAAAAAAUCGUCCCAAACGAAAUUGUAGUCUUCAGAUAUGUUU